AUGCAAGCGGCCACAGUGUUCGCAUUCUCCGCGGUGCCGUACUCCUGCCGACAGAACCCUUCAGUAACUCGUUAUGAAUAUAAGGUGGUGUUAAACAAGUACAUAUACGCCCAGGUGGUGUUAAACAAGUACAUAUUCGCCCAGGUGGUGUUAAACAAGUACAUAUUCGCCCAGGUGGUGUUAAACAAGCACAUAUACGCCCAGGUGGUGUUAAACAAGUACAUAUUCGCCCAGGUGGUGUUAAACAAGUACAUAUACGCCAAGGUGGUGUUAAACAAGUACAUAUACGCCCAGGUGGUGUUAAACAAGUACAUAUACGCCCAGGUGGUGUUAAACAAGUACAUAUACGCCCAGGUGGUGUUAAACAAGUACAUAUACGCCCAGGUGGUGUUAAACAAGUACAUAUAUUCCCAGGUGGUGUUAAACAAGUACAUAUACGCCCAGGUGGUGUUAAACAAGUACAUAUACGCCCAGGUGGUGUUAAACAAGUACAUAUACGCCCAGGUGGUGUUAAACAAGUACACAUACGCCCAGAUGGUGUUAAACAAGUACAUAUUCGCCCAGAUGGUGUUGAACAAGUACACAUACGCCCAGGUGGUGUUAAACAAGUACACAUACGCCCAGAUGGUGUUGAACAAGUACACAUACGCCCAGAUGGUGUUGAACAAGUACACAUACGCCCAGGUGGUGUUGAACAAAAUUAUGUACGCGCUAAAUUCAAUGUCAUCUUUGUAA